ACAGCGGUCUGCUCCAGGCGAAAUCUGUCCAUCGCACUCGGGAGCAUGACAGCGAUGGCAGCCGCUCUCAUUACGGCUGUCUUUAAGCGCUUUAACUGACCCUGGUAUUUGUUAAUCGUAAUGUUCGUACUGUUACUCAGGGUUUAGACAACUUGUUGAACAUUACAGUGGUGAGGGAAGAUUUAUUUGCUGUGCUGGUACGGGAGACUCAAGUUUACGUUAGCUGCCUUAGCAUGCUAGCAUUAGACUGUUUAGCAUUGAAGAAAAAACUAGCCAGCUAGCAAAGAAACUACCUUUUUGAUGUCAAGAGCUCAAUAGUAACACACUUUGCCAAUUUAAAGUGUUUAUCUCGGGUUGUGAAAGUAUACGAGUCGAAAAAACAUGGCAUUGCUUACAUUUGAUCGGGGAGCGUAUGGAGGGAAGUGUUUUUGACUUUGGAUUACUGUCAAACCGCUUGCUGGCAUUUCCUAGCCUGGAUAGCUAACUAAAGCUAACUGUAAGACUAGCUAUCGGGUUAAAAUGGCAAAUAUAGAGAAUGGUCGUCAGUCUGCGGACACGAGAAGCAUCCGGACUGUCAGCAGCAGCCACAUAGACGACGAAAGCUCGCUCGGAUCCGACUCUGAAAUCAAUGGAUUUACCAGCGAAAGACAGACCGACAAAUAUGGAUUCAUUGGAGGGGCACAACAGUACUCGGAGGAGUCAGCUCAGGAGGUGCCUAUACAGGUGAUUAGGCAAAGGGAGCUGAAAUGGAUCGACAUGCUCAGCCACUGGGACAAGUGGAUGAUCAAGAGGUUCAAUAAGGUGAGGUUGCGGUGCCAGAAGGGCAUCCCCCCUGCGCUUAGGGGACGUGCGUGGCUCUACCUCUCAGGAGGCAAAGUGAAAAAGGAGCAGAACCAAGGAAAGUUUCAGGAGCUGGAUCAACAAGAAGGUGAUCCCAAAUGGGUUGAUGUGAUUGAGAAAGAUCUCCACCGACAAUUCCCUUUUCAUGAGAUGUUUGUGUCACGGGGAGGACAUGGGCAGCAGGACCUGUUUCGUGUUCUUAAAGCAUACACCCUGUACAGACCAGAGGAGGGAUACUGCCAAGCUCAGGCUCCCAUUGCUGCUGUGUUGCUCAUGCACAUGCCAGCAGAGGAUGCCUUCUGGGGACUGGUCCAAAUCUGUGAAAAAUAUCUUCCUGGAUACUACAGCCCUGGCCUGGAAGCCAUUCAGUUGGAUGGAGAGAUACUGUUUGCAUUGCUGCGUCGUGUUUCUCCAAUCUCCUAUCGUCAUCUAGAGAAGCACAAGAUUGACCCAGUCCUCUACAUGACCGAGUGGUUUAUGUGCGCCUUCUCCAGGACCCUGCCCUGGGCCUCUGUGCUGCGCGUCUGGGACAUGUUCCUCUGUGAUGGUGUGAAGAUUAUAUUCCGUGUUGGUUUGGUGCUGCUCAAGUGUAUGCUGGGUACUCGAGAGAAACUGAAGAGCUGCCAAGGCCAAUAUGAGACAAUGGAGCUACUCCGAGCCAUAGAGCCACGCUACAUGCAAGAGGGUUUCCUUGUGAGAGAGAUUCUAGAGGUGCCAAUAACGGCCCGAGAUGUGGAAAGGGAACAUCACAGCCAGUUAAAGCGUUGGAAGAAGAAACACGGUGAGCUGAACUUCAAGUCUCCUCCCAGAAUGCAUGGUGCGCGGAUCAUAAUGCUGGCCGAACCUCCGCGUCGACAGGACCUGCUACAGAUCCCCACUAUUGUCCUGGAGCAGCCCACCCCACAGAUUAAGAAGGGAAAGGAGGAGAAGAAAAGCAAGAAGAGGAGCAUGAAGAAGUCUAAGCCCAUUGAGGAAAUACCCAAUCCAUACCCACUGCCAUCUGACCUCUCACCUCCGCCCUCUGUUAACCCUUCACCCUCUCCUCCUCCCACUGAACCUUCCCCUCCACCCCCUGAACCAGCACCAGCCCCACCUGCUCCACACACCAGCGGUCGAAUCGAGACUGUUCUAGAGACUGUGCCAGAGACUGAACCAGGACCACCUCUCCAGGGUCCUGCAGCCUCAGACCCUCCUGUUGUAGACCCUCCUCCACCUGCCAAAGAAUCCCACCUCCAGGCCUCCACCCAGAGCCUUAGCAGCACAGACCAGGACACCUACCUGUAGCUCCUUACACAAUGGGGUGUGCUCACAUGAUGUCAACCUUCUACAGGGCCAAGAGUUAAAUAUAGACCUUUGAUAGUAUUGGAUAUUUACAUGAAUAAUAUUUGUAUUCUAAAAUAGCUUUAGUGAAGGUGUAAGGUUCAACAAUAGUAUUAAUAAUUUUAAUUUUGAGGCAAUUUCAGAUUUCUUCCCUACAGAGUGUUCCUAACACAUAUGCCCUUCAUCUGAGCUUUUGACAUCUUAGGUCUAAAAUGUGAGCACAUCCUAUUAGAAAUGGAAAAGAAUACACACCAGCUAAGCACCAGCGGGUCACAAUGAUCCAUGUCUUCCAUUUAAGUAUUUUCUAUUAACUUUUCCAGUGUAGACACCACUCUGCCUGAUUUACCAGAGGCUUACACUGAAGUGCCAUUGGUGAACUGCUUGUAUGCCACUUUAUACAAACAAUGCUGAUGUUAGCGCCUUUAUGAUACUCUUUUUACAUCAGGGCAGAAGUUUUAUGCUUUUGUAAGGGAGACAGGUUACUGAGUCAUUUAUUUCAGUUCACUAGUGAAGAGGUCCCUUCUGACCUCAGUUAAAGUCAUUUCAUGGUCACCAGAUGGCAGCAUUACCCUUACAUUUCCUGUGAUAAGUGGGGUUUUCUGUUUUGGUUGUGGACCAUUUGUGUGUUGCAAUUUUGGUUUGAAACAAGUUUCUGAGUUGAUUUAAUAGGUGUGCUACAUUCUCAUACCCUUACUACACUUUAUUUAUUGAAUACAUAACCUGACGUUUCUCUGUUGUGCCAAUUCUAGUGGAUCUAUUGACAGCGGAAGUACAUUGACAUUCCUUAGUGGGUGCUACAUUUAGAUUUAUUAAUACUAUAAUUCAUCUGACUUGGCCAAAUCAUUUUAAUUUUUGUGCACUUUUUUUGAGACAUAUGUUUGCAGUUCACUUGAUCGAUGUCUUGGCUUACUUUAACCUUUAGUGCCAACCAAGAUCAUGUUUUUUAACUUUUUUGAAACCUUUGCUAGAUUUUCCAAAGUGAAUCAAUAUUUGUUGUAAUUUUGACCACAACCUGUGACAAUAUUUUAUAACUCCAGUUAAGGUGUGGAUUUUUAACAAGUGUUCACUUUUUUAAAGAUCUCUUUAGAAAAGACAAUCUUUUUACUUCUCAUUGUUUAUCUUUGUUAUGGGAGAUUUAAAAAUGGUGAGCACAUGUUGCGUUUUUACAUUUGAUAAAAAAUGUUUUGCAGAAUGCAUGGCAGUUAUUUCACUCAUGUUGACAUUGACAACACUUAACUUUUCCUUGCUGCUUGUUCUACAAAUGUUGCGUUUGUUAUACCUAAUUUAAAGCUGUGUGUGUAAAUUGUAAAAUAUUUUGUAAGAAAUGUAUUUUCAGUUAAUAAUGCUAUAACCUGAACAGUGGCAUAAACAUUCUCACAUUUACAAACUGACACUAGACCAAUGAACUUUUCGCUCUUGUCUGUCAUAUCAGGGUUAUGAAAAAAACACAUUAUAUCCAAGUCAAAUUGAACAAAUAAAUGUUUGUAAAUCCA